AUUGUGUGGUAUGUGGAUGGGUUUCCUUUGCCUAACAAUGAUAGACUCAUGAUCGGUCAAUAUGUGACCAUGUUUGGGGAUGUCAUAUCUCACGUAAAUAUUACGGCAGUAAAGUCAGAAGACGGAGGAGAUUAUGAAUGUAGAGCUCUCUCAAAAGCUGGAGUGGCAUCGCACUCUGCUCGCCUUAACAUCUAUGGAAUGCCGUACAUACGUCAUAUGUCAAAGCUGUCGGCGGUGGCUGGUAAGGUUUUUACACUCAAGUGUCCUAUAGCUGGAUAUCCCAUCGACACAGUUAACAUUGAAAAAGACGGCGUUAGGUUACCCAUAAACAUAUGACAGCGUAUGCAAAACGGAACCUUAACUAUUGAAAACGUGCAACGCGGUGCAGAUCAGGGCACCUACACUUGCAUUGCUCGGAAUAAGCACAAUUACACUUCUCAGCGGUCAGUUGAAGUUCAAGUUUUAGUUCCGCCCAAGAUUACACCAUUCUCAUUCGCACGCGAUCUGAAUGUCGGCGACCGUACAAGCAUUCAGUGCGUUAUUGGCACCGGGGACCUGCCGCUUUCAUUCACGUGGCUAAAGGACGGGCAUCUUCUGCAAGCAACCGCCUCAUCCGAUGGUGUUAGCGGUGGGCUUAGUGGUACCGGUGGCGCUGCUGUUAUGAGUUCUGGCUUUGUAUCAACCUCAUCCAUCUCCUCCUCCUCACCGACUUUUCAUCAACAAUAUGAACACGUCGUUUCGAAUGAAAAUGGUCGUAGCGGUGGUGAAGGUAGUGGCCUAGUGACAAUUCGCCAGAAUGAUGAUUUCACCAGUGCCCUUAGCAUCACAAGUGUGACGUGGGCCCAAAGCGGCACGUACACAUGUCGCGUUCAAAAUGACGCCGCAACUGUAACGCACUCUGCACAGCUCAAAGUUAAUGUUCCUCCUCGUAUAUCACCUUUUGCUUUUGAGGAAGAAAUAACUGAAGGUAUGCGGACACAGAUUAUGUGCUCCAGUAGUCAAGGGGACCAACCGUUUAACAUCACAUGGCUAAGAAAUGAUGUGCCCAUCAUUAGUAAUACAGUAGCUGUCAAGAAAGAUGAGAACGUAAUUGAGCCUAAAGAUCAUACCACAGAUAAAAGGAAUACAUUUAUUUCUUCGGAUCCGUCACUAACCAUAAAUCAAUAUGCACAAUUUUCCAGCAUAUUAUCGAUACAUAACGUUUCUUCACGACACAACGGUAACUACACUUGUAAUGUAGCCAACCAUGCUGGUGCUGUACAAUUUACUGCUGUUCUCUCGGUAUCCGUACCUCCUAGAUGGGUCUUAAAACCUACUGACCAAGAUGCAAUACUUGGUAAUUUAGUAAUAAUGUCAUGUACUGCUGAUGGGUUUCCCGAGCCUACAGUUCAAUGGAAGCAAUCUAUCGGAGACUCUGGGGAGUAUCGCGAACUGAAUUAUGGAGUUAGCAAUGGAAACUCACACUCUGUUAUAGAGACUCACGCCAAUGGUUCGCUUAUUAUAUCAAAGGUCGGACGAGAGCACGAGGGCCACUAUUUAUGUCAGGCAAACAAUGGAAUUGGGGUUGGACUAAGUACUUUAAUAAAAUUGACCAUUCAUGUGGGUCCUUCGGUAACAGUUUCUAAAAAAAUGUUUACCAUACGACGCGGUGAACGUGUAACGAUAGCAUGUGAAGCAACUGGAGAUCGGCCGUUGGAAAUGUCUUGGAGAGCCAAAGCUAAUAAAAUUGAUCCUGCUUAUGAAAUACGAUAUCACAUCAAAAACUCGCCUUUAGCUUAUGGAGUUUUAUCUGAACUGACAAUAUUACACACAGCUCUUACUGAUAGAGGAGAAUAUUCAUGCAUUGCCAACAACGCAUACGGUCAUGAUAGAUCUGUCGUACAUUUGCAGGUCCAAGAACCUCCAACUUUUCCGGUCAACUUACACGUUAUGGAUUUGGGAAGCCGUUCUGUGACAUUGGCGUGGUCGCCAAAUGAUCAGGAUUCAGUAAUUUUAGGUGGCGGUGGAGGAAACAAUCGAGACUCUCAACCAAUAUCAAAUUACAUAUUACAAUAUAAGAAAUCAGGAGAUGUUUGGCAUGAACAAAAUAACCAAAAACUUAUACCUGGGGAUAGAACUACUGCACAAUUAGGAUCACUUAAGCCAGCACAGUCAUAUCACAUUCGCCUAUAUGCAGAAAAUCAUUUAGGUACCAGUGCUCCAAGUGAUGUUUUAUUCUUUCAAACGGACUCGGAAGUACCAUCUGCACCUCCCCAAGAUGUAACUGCAGAACCUUUGGGAGCGCAACAGCUAUUGAUAACUUGGCGGGCACCUGUGCGGGAUACCUGGAAUGGAGAGUUGUUAGGUUACACCAUUACAUAUCAAAAACAUAACUCCCCAAAUAGGGUAAAAAAUAAUACGAAAGUUAGUAGCUUAAGAACAGAAGGUAUAAAUGACUUCCGCUUAAUCGAAUUGGAAAAGUAUACGCAAUAUGCAAUCACUAUAUCAGCCUAUAAUGUGAAGGGUGAUGGGCCCCCAAGCGAAGUGGCAUUAGGUCAUACCUUAGAAGACGCCCCUUCGGCAAGCCCGCAAUCCGUAUCAUGUAUUGCUCUAACUGCACAAAAUAUUCAAAUAUCUUGGCAGUCGCCACCCAAGGAAUUAUGCCAUGGAAUUAUUCAAGGAUACAAGAUAUUCUAUGAACCAGUAUAUUUCGAAAACGAGUACAACGGACGAGAAACUAAGAUUACAUCAGCUCAGAGCACUGUACUUCAUGGCCUCCAUCCUUUUACAAAUUACAGCGUUCAGGUUUUGGCUUUUACUCGUGCUGGUGAAGGUAAUUUAAGUCCUGCUGUAUCGUGUACUACUGAGGAGGCAGUUCCUGAUGCACCAGAACGUGUAAAAUCGAUUGUGAGUACUGAAUCGUCAGUAAUUAUUAGCUGGCUUCCACCACGACGUCCUAAUGGGUUGAUAACUAAAUAUAAUGUAUUCAUAAGAGUACUUGAAAAGGGACAGGAAUUAAAAAUUCUAAAGGAAGUUCUUCCAGCUCAUAAUCGCCAUUUCGAAGCUAAAGACUUAAAUAUGAGAGAAGUAUAUGAGGCUUGGGUGACAGCAUCCACGAGAGUGGGCCAAGGUCCCAGCACACCAGUUAUUAAACUCGUACCCAAUACACUAGUACCAGCAGCUAUAAUUUCAUUUAGUCAGACACUGAGUGUUAGUUGGAGAGCCGAUAUUAAAUUGACAUGCGUUUUUGUUGGUAACCCAAAAGCGACGGCAGAGUGGAAGGUUUUAAACACUCGUUUAAAAAAACAUAUCCGCAUGGAAGUAAACAAUGACAAUACAUUGAGUCUCCGGAACAUUCAACGGCCCAACGAAGGAAAUUACUCCUGUGUUGUGAGAAACCCGAUUGGUUCUGACCAUAUUACAUAUCAGCUAUUUGUACAAGUGCCGCCUUCAGCUCCAAUAGUCUCCGUAAAUUCGGUUCACAAAAACUCAGUAUCUUUACAAUGGAGAGUAGAAGACAUUGGUGGUGCGCCGUUAAAAGGUUUCACAUUAACUUUCAGACGCGAGCCGGCCGAGUGGGAGGAACUACAAUUGGAUCGCCGUAUUAACUCCUAUGUAUUAGAGAACCUUCAAUGCGGAACUAGAUAUCAAUUCACAAUCAACACAUAUAAUACAAUUGGCACGAGUCCUUCUAGCGAAGUGGAAUCAGUAAAAACUAAAGGUGAUAAACCGUCUGCGCCGCCGACUCAGAGUUUUAUUCGUUUGAAUACAACAUCGAUUACAUUGGAUUUAUCUUCGUGGCAAGAUGGGGGGUGCCCCAUACUGUAUUUCAGUAUAGAAUUCAAGCUGCAUGAGUCUUCUACUGAAUGGAUAAUAGUUUCUAACAAAAUUGAAACAAAUGCAAGAUACAAUAUAGGUGACUUAGACCCCGGAACUGCAUAUAACUUACGAAUGACUGCCCACAACAAUGCCGGGUCCACUCACAAGGAGUUUUAUUUUAAAACAUUAGACUUUGUAGAGAUUAAAAAUGAAUUGGGUCGUGUAGAGCUGCCCAGCGUCCAGACAGUAUUCACCGAUGCUCAUCUUUUAGCUGUAAUUGUGUCAUCCAUUUUUGGAACUAUUCUCGCAUUGAUUGGAGCUUUAAUAUGCUUUAAAAAUUAUCCUCGCAAUGGAUUUGCUAGUAACGAGAUUUCACUGAGGUCCCCUAGAGGCACAGGAGGCAAGGUUGUUCAACCCCGAGAACACUUUUAUGGUACGGUACGAAAAUCUUGCCAACAAUCUCCCCCUGAAUCUGUUAUCGGACUCGAGCGCAUACCAGAAUACUCAGAAGAUAUAUACCCUUACGCAACAUUUCAUUUACCAGAGCAUGAAAACCAAUCGGGGAACAUCCCAAUAAGUCAUACAGGAAAAUCAGUGAAUUAUGACUCUCGAUUAGCAGUUGAUAGUACCUUAUGCAGCUCUGGGACAAAAGUUAAAAGAUCAGCUUCAACCAGUGUAAGCGGCACCAACACUAACGCAAACAUCGAAGGUUGUGAUGAAUAUAAGCACUUGAAUACUGAAAAGAGACAAAAGCGUCGUUCAAAUGUAAUAAAGUCUGAGUCAGAAGAGUAUGACAGUUUGAAUAGCGACAGUGAGCUAAGUGGCGAGCGCGUCAAAGAAGAUAGUCGAUGUUCUCGCGAAGCAUCAGGCGGUGAGGAUAGUGGAUUUACAGGUAAUAUAUUUUUACUAAUUACUAAUACUAAUAAACAAUACAUUCAAAUUUACAACUGA